GGUGAGAUGCGGAUGUGGUUGUUUGGGCCAAGUUCGCUUCUCUGGCUGCUGGCGCUGCAGCUGAUAAUUAGCGCGCCUGCGCGUGCGGGCCUCACCAUCACACGCCAUCUCAAGGGCGAUCUCUUCUCGCCUCCAGAAUGCGGAGAGGCAACUUGCGCAAGUGUGAGUGCCGGAACGGCGGGCGCCGGCCUAGGCCUGAGUGACGGGUGGGGCGACUCGACCAAUGCAAGAUGCACGUGUCAGUGUCGCGACGCUCUGCCCGUGUUUCGCGACGAUCUGCGUGUCUGCGUCGAUGACAUACAAGAAUGUAAUCUGGCACCUUUCCAGAGUGGUACAUCUACGCAGAAGAUACCAUUCGUGUUCCUGCCUAUGAAAGGUCAAAUUGUGUACCCCAGUGCAGAAAUUUCAUUCUCAGGAGUCAAGUCGCCGAUUUGCGUUGUUUCUGGAGCGAAGUUCUUGACGAGAGCAGGAUGGGCCGAUCUACGCAACAGGUCCGACACAGAGCCACCCUUCCGCAUGUUCCGCGACGAGGGCCGCACUUUCCUUCAGUGGCUUGGAACUCAAGAGUUGAGACUGAGUAUGGAGGGGAGACUACUGUUGGUCUCACUGAUGUGCAAGGAUAUGGGCGACACUACGGCUCACAGCUCCAUAUUCACACCAUGUGUUGCAUUCAGAGUGGCUGGCACUCCGAGUGUACGCGAAGUAUCGUUCUCAGCGGACGCCCAUGCGACAGAAAGCGGCACGGGCAGCGGCGGCGGUCUAUCGGCCAGCGAGUUCGUGGCGAUAGCGGUCUGUUCCGUCCUGCUGGCUCUCAUGUACAUAGCAUCCGUCCUGCUCUACCUGCACACGAAGCGACGCCACCUGAAAGAGCGUCGCGACGCCGACGGGGUUGGUGGGGCGGCAGACGCCUCCAGUCAGCUGGUGGAGGAGGGUGUGGUCAAGAGUAAUCCUCUACUGCGGCACUGCCAUGAUAACACUGGCUACAUGAGCGACUCGCACAGCUGUUGCACAGAGACUGAGGAUGGUUCUGAGGAGAUGGGGCCCGUGUCAGAUGAUAACAGCGUCGGCUGCACCAGCAUCCAACAGAUCCACACAGCAGCGCAAAUUCAUCCUCACGCGACCGAGAUCUACGCGUCGGACUGCAGUGCGAUGCAACUGCAGGACUCCAGUGCUAUUGAGAGGUUACCCGAGGAGAACGUCUCAAUAGUUGAGACUCUGGAGAUGAGGGAGGACAGGCCGGAAACAGUCCGUGCUAUAACAACGGCUUCAACGAGGAGAAAGCUGUACUUCAACCCCGCUUACUUUGAGCCAGAGAUGCUAUUAGCACCUCCCCCUGCGGCGCUGGAAUUCCUCUCGAAAAUUCGAGAAGUAAUUGCAAUAGCCAAGCACAAAAUGGCGGCCAAGAGAUUCUUCCCCAGCCUACUGGGAAUACCCGAGGAGAUGGACCAUCAUCAGAUAGCACAGGGCCGUCACAGUCAUCACGGCUCGGUUCGUAGCAGCGUUAAGACCAGCCGUCAUGAGCGCAGCGGCCGGUUCACGCCGAUCCAGUCGCUGAGAACCACGCCCACUUGCGAGGGCUGUCCUGGCUGUGGGUUCGAGUCUUCCUUCGCCGAAAAGGAGUGCAACGACUGCUGUAGAACGGCUAACGAGAGCAAGCAACGCAGCAUACGGAAGUGGCUAGAAGAUGUUCCAUUGGCUGCCAAACCAACCAAAUGCGAGGAAGAAAAGGAGAAAAUCAAGGUACCGCCCAGGAGAAACUAUGUAAACAAAGGUAAAGCACCAGCAGUGCCACUCACUGAGAAGGUAAAACCUGAGCCGAUUGACAAGAGUGAAAUCAUUCACUUGAACAAGAUUGAACCAGAAAUCAAGAAAUCUGAUGUAGUUUUGUCGUCAUUCAUCAGUCCCCCUAUCCAGAACAACAAGAUGGAAGAGAUAGAGAAACGAGAGAACGAGCGCAAUCUUCUGAUUAAAACGAUUCCAGAACCAAGCUUUGUUAUCACACCUGCCAUUCAGAACGGAAUCAGAAACUCAAUCAACAAAUCAAAAGAGAAUGCUAGAUCUGAAAACCGACAGAAAACUUCACAGAAAGUGAUAAAUAGUGAUGCUCACUCCGAGAAGUCGAUUAGUCCCAAAGCGGCACAAAAAAUCAAACAUCCAUCACAGCCUCCCCCACCUCCUCCUCCUCCCCCUCCUUCGAUCUGUAGCAGUGUGGACACCGACAAGAACUCGCAACUUGGAAAGACUGAUUCGCCAGAGCCCAAAGUGCCCAAAGUGGCAAGGAAACUCAUGGAUGCUGUCAUCAAAGAAUUCGAAGUCAACAGAACAACCACCAACCCUAAACCUAGUCCACCAAAACGAAUCGACUCAUUAACGAACAAUCAUGACGAUGAGCAUUUGGGCACUGAGCCAGAGUAUGAAACAGAUAGUUUAGAACGCACUCUACAAGAAAUCAAAAAUCAAAACAACGGACUGUCAACACCGUCCGACUAUGGAGGAGUGGUGCCUAGGCUCAAUCCAAACCCCAAUGUGACUCUUCCAUUGGACGAGGAGCUCACUAUACAGAAUACUAUCUUCAAUAAGAAGACAGGAAACACAACAAUGUCAAAGAUGAAAGCAAAACAAGAUGAGUACGAUGAUCAUGAGUAUGAAGUGAUAUUACUGAAUCCAGAAAAAGAAAAUGAGAAUUCAAAACUAAUUCUACCGGACAUUUUAUCACGUGGCGAGGGCUACAGUCUGGUGAGUGAGGUUUAUGUCAAUGAUAAUUUCAGUUAUGGUUCCUCAAGUUUGCCAAGCAAUGCAUCAUCUUCAUCUGCUUGUUCAUCUUUGAAUGAUGAGCAUAAAAUAUCAUAUGCAGAGGAAAAGCCUGGUCACCUUACAAUUCAGGUGGAGGGAACACCCACAUACAAACAGGAAGACUCUGACAGUUUUGAACCAGACACUCUGGACAGGAAGCCUGCGAAAUUGAAGAUAUGUGAGUUUAGAGAGGAGAAUAAGAAUAUAGAUGUACAAAAUGAAUUGUUUACAGAUUCGUUAGAAAGACCACCACAUAUACCUUUGAGGAGUAAUGGCAGUUUUAGGAGUGAUGAAUGUAGGCCUAAUCAGUGGGGAAGCAACCAGGAUUUCCCCAGUAUAUUCGCUGCUAAUCCGUUGAGUAGGAAUUUUGGUAGUUUGAGAGAGAUUUUUGAGGCGAGGAACAAGUUUAAUCAGUUUGGUGGUUGUAAUAAGUCGGAGGGAUUCAGUCCACCAGGUUCAAUACACUCGUUGCAUAGUGACACAGACUGUUAUUCUACGUUGUCCUGGAGGAGGGCGACCCCGAAGAUGCUGAGGCCGGAUGCCAGGCAGGCGAGGAGGCAGAGGCUGCCGUCACCCGACGCACGACCGCCUCGUCCGCCCAAGGCGAGACAGUUCAGGAAUGUGCCACGACCCGAGGCGAUUCCGCCCCUGCCGCCACGCAGCAUCAAGCCGCCACUGCCGCCAAAAAACGGACCAGUCAGAAGCAUCAUGGCCAACCGGCCACUGCCAGCCCUGCCAGGCGGCAGCCGACAGCACAAGUCCCGCAGACCGGCGCCGCCUGAUGCUUCUGGCUCCAGUCUAUCAGAGUACGAGCCGGUCAACGGGAUGGCGCCCUACACGCCGCCGCUGACUGACGCGGCUCGGGCAAAGCGGGACAUCACCCUCAAGCAGCACCGCGCCAUGAUCAGUACUGAGGACUCGGGCUACCUCAGCACCGAUUCCAAGCAACACCGCGCCAUGCUAAGAACCGACUCCAAGCAAAACCGCGCCAUCCUUAACACCGAAGACUCGGGAUACCUCAGCACUGACUCCAACCAAUCCAAGCGGCCCGACAGCCUCAGUGAGACGGACGAUUCGCUGUGUGACGGAGCCAGUGAGUCAGGUGGAGAGUCCAUCGCGACCGACUCCUUCUUCUUCGGCGGCCAGGCCACGCCCAAGCUGUCGGUCGCCAACUCCAUUGACAGCGGACUCGGCUGCGUCGGGGCGUCCAACCCCACUAUCAGUGACACCGACAGCAAUGUCAGCUUUAUUACUGUGCUGCCCAACGGCUUCGGUAAUCGGCAGGGCGGGGUUGUUUUAGUACCUUAACUCAUUCAAUACAAAACAGGUAAUAUUAAAAUCUAAUUUUAUAGAUCUAUCAAAUUGGAUAUGUUGGUCAUCUUCAAAAAUCAUGUAAUUAUUAAUUUUGAGGAAAAAAAUAAUUUGAGAAUUAAUCAUACUUGUCGAUUAGCUGCAGAGAUAGUAAACCUCCAAAAAUAACAGUGAACUGUACUUAGUAAAAUAAUGAAUAACUCAAAAUUGAGAAAAAAAUUGUUUUCCAAUUGAAUAUAAAAAUGGCAAACCUCUGACAAUAUCUGUUGAUUUGAGCCACAGAGAUUUCAAUAUUAAACUCUGGCAGAGUAGAACUUGAAAUUAUAGUCCACAUUAGUACCUUUCAGCAUUGAUUCAAACUGCUAUAUCUGAGGGAAGAUAAUUGUUGUAAUCAAUACAUUUUAGAUCAGUUCAUCAGUAUAAACUUUGGAAUAUUAUACCUACAGUAAUUCAAAAACAUCGUGGUUAGAAGUCUGGUAAAAUAAGAGUGUUUCGACUAAGCUAAUUUUUUUUGUUGAAUAUUAAAUAUUUUUUACAUUAUUCAAGUGCAGUGUACAAUUUGUUAAGUUUAAAAUAUUCAGGAUGGUUGCAUCACAUCUGAUUAUUAAUGUUUGAUUAGUGCUUUCAUUCAUCUUUUAUCCAAAUUGAUAGAUGUUAAUUAAUAGUUAUUAUUAAACGGAAAUUCAAAAGUUGAAUGCUGUAUCUGGUUUAUAGUAUUUAAUUUUGGAUUUUUGUUUAAUAAUAAUUAAUUAUCGAUCACUAUUCGAAUAAAUGCAAUUUCAUAUCAAUGAUUACUUUUGAGGAUAGAACUAAAAGAGUUUGAUCAUCUCAUUACUGUAGAAAUGGGUAGGUAGGCCUACUAUUUCAUAAGUCAUUUGCUCACUAGAAAUAUAGUUUUUUCAAACCGUAAGAAUUGAUGUUUGAAAAGAAGAUAGUAAAGGUAGUCUUAAUGAUAGUUUGUAAAGUGUAAUAUUUAUUAGUAUAUUCUAAUUUAUAUCAGUCAUAUCUCAAUAAGUCAAGUGAGUAAUGUUAGAUUAUGAACUUAGAACAAAAGUGUGUAAAUAAAGGAUGAAUGCCGUUAUAGUGCAGAUAUUCAAUGAAACUAACAUAUAGCUGAAUAUCAGCAAAAAUUAAUCAUAGACAUAGUGAUAGAGGCUGGGUUGUGCAAUUUAAUAUACCUAUAGCAGCUUUGGAAAUUUCUAAGAUUUCCAUCAGCUAGGAAAUAUAGUCUACAAAGAAGAUUCUACAUUUGAUACAUUACAAUACUACAUAAAAUCGCAGAAGACUUUAAGCUAUCUAAUUAAUCUGAAAAUUCUCCAAAAAUUGAAUAACACUACUUAAUUUAUCCUUGACAAAUACUCAUUCUCCAUUAAAGAUAACCCAAUAAGUUAUCAAGAAAUAGCAUUCUUCGAUCCAGUACAAUAUUUUUAAUUAUAUUGAGUGGAAAUCCAUAUCUUUGCAAUGCAGUGCUAAAUAUACAUAUAUAUAAUGUACUACAUAACAGAAAACACUUUACAUUAUAUAAUACUAAUUUAAACAGGAAACACGUUACAGAUAUGUGAAAACACUUAGAAACUUACAUUAUUUUUGAAAAUUUUCAGUUUCAACUGAACAACAAAAAUCAACACCACUCACGGUUGACAAAGGUUGGCACCGCCACCGAAAAUUUCCAAAAAUAAUUUAAGCUUCUAAGUGUUUUCACCUAUCUGCAUUCCUGUUUCAAUUAGUUUUAUAUAAUGUACAGUAUUUGAAAUUAAAAUUGAGAUAAUUGAAGGUAAAUCAAAGUAUUGUAAAUGUACUUAUAUUUGGAUACUAUACUAUCCAUGUUGGAUCUUGAGAAAUAUUAUUUGAUAAAAGAUGCAGAUAUUUGGAUAGCUGUUAACAAAUGUUUAGUUCUCAAGCGGAGGUAUAAAAAAACAGAUCAGGUAUCCCAUACUAUCGACCACUCAAUCGGAAUAUAUUAUUCUAUACUUUUAUCUGAGUUUUCAGACAAUUGCAUAAAUUUUAUUCUACAUAAUACCCUCAUGAUUUAACUCAAUUGUAUAAACUUCUUCAAUAGAUAGAACAGAUAAGAGGGCAGGUUUAAUUAGAUUAUUGAUAGCUCAUUACCACAGUGCCACUCGAAAUUAUUUGUGAGAAAUUGGUUUUGGUAGAUACUCUAUGUACAUAUUAUUGUGUGAAUAUGUAAUUAUUGAUGUAGAAUAGAGUGGGCCCAUAGGGGAGGGAGCGGGAGAAGAAGUUGGUGAAUAAGCUGAAUAAGCUUAACGCUUCACCGAUUCACAGCAAUAUACCAAUGAGCAUGUACGAAAAAAUUAUUUUUAAAACUAUAACAUUUCAAUAUUAAUAUAUCCCUAAUUAAUUUAGUCUAUGAAAUAUAUUUCUUUGUAUUAAUUUAUUACGUUUUUUUUGUUUAGUAACUAAUUUAUUAUUUCUGUUAAGUUUUUGUUUAUAUUUAUUAUGAGAUUUGUACAAUGAGAAUAUUAUUGAAAUCUCAAUAAUGUAUGAAUUUACUUUUAAUGAGUAAUGUUGAUGAUAUUAUCUGUUACUUCGUCUUUGUUGAGUUUAUAAAUUGUUGAAUAUUAUUUAUUUGUGCCUUGACAUUCUGUUCCAGAGAGAAGACGAAUAUUUUCAAUAUUUCUUGUUGAAUGUGUUAUUCUUGUCAUUUUUAAGCAUAGUAGUAUUCAGGAUGACAAUGAAUGUUGAAGAAACAAUAAAAAAUAUAUAUGCUCAGUUUUCGUUUUGUUAAUAAUUCCACCUUAUUCUUUCCUCAAUUAAUUAAUUAUACAGGUAUAUUUAGCAAUAGUUGAAUAAGCCCACACGAAACUAAUAUAAGGGCAAACUCAAGUUUUGAAGCAUCUUUGAUUGAGUAAUAUAUCAAAAAGUAAUAAAUUUUUCUCAGAAGAGAAAAUAAAUCUAUCCUAUUUCCCUUAAAAUACACUGGUGCCUAUGUUUGCAGAUGAAUAAAGAUCAUCCAAUCAUAAUUGACAAUUAACUAGCUCAUUAUUGUACAUUUUGUAAUAAAUGGAUUCUGAGAGCGUUCUCUAAUAUUUUCUACAAAAUAUGAUUCGUGUGUCUACAAUUUGCAACCGAAAAAAAUUAUGAAAAAUAAAACUUCUCAAGAUAAUGUAAGAGUAUUUCUUUUGAUAUCAGAUGGACAAAUAUUGUUACCUCCUAUCGAUUAGCAAGGAUAACUAAAAGUGUAGUUAACAUGAGUGGAAUAAAUAUUUAGAGAUCUGUGAAGUGAAAUUCAUUCCCUCAACUCUUAAGUGCUGAUAUUAUUAAUUUUGCAUAGCUAUGACUGAAUUAAUCACCUCUAUCAAGAACAAUAAUAACGAUAUUUUCACGAAUUAUAUAAAAGUGUUAUUUUUUAUUCAAAAUAAUUUAGCGUUCAUACAAAUAUAAAAUACAAUUUUCCGUUUAAGAAUUCUUCCAAUAUCAAAAUACAAUACAAAAAUAGGAUAGAACAAAUAUGACGUGUAAAUAAUUAUCUUUAAUUUUUCUAUAAAUAUAUUUAUUUAAGUCAGUUUUUUCUUUUCCGAUCGUUGUAUUGUUUUUGCUAACCUGAUAAAUAAAUAUAAAAU